UUGGGUUGCAGGUUUAACGUACUCUUUAGCACAGUAGCGUGAGAUGUUUGUACGUAAGUGUCGAUGUGAAUCACAAGUUCGUUCACCGGUUGUUUUUUAAACAAAUGGGAAAUUAUCACGUUUUAGAAUGUAAUUUGAUGCUAAUGUUGGCGUUUUGGUGAAGAGAAACAUAUAAAUUAGGGGUGAAGAUUGUCCUUUGUUUUAUAUUCUACAUCUGGUGGUGUUUUUAGCGAACUAGCUAGGUGGAUAAAUAGAUAAGUGGAUAAAUAGAUAGUAGAUAAAUAGAUAGUAGAUAAGUGGAGAUCCAGUCGUAAAUUGAAUGGAAUUUAAAUAAAUUAGUUUUAAAGUUUACAAAUCAGAAGAUUCCUCUGACAAGUCAAUGAUUUAAUGAUGGACGUUGUGUAUGUGUGCGAGUGGGACAAGAGAACCAAAAGCAACCACUGUCCUUCAAUCCCACUGGUGUGUGCGUGGUCCUGCAGGAACCUCAUCGCCUUCACUACUGACCUGAAAAAUGAAGAUGAAGACAGAGAUCUCAGUCAUAUGAUCCAUAUCAUUGACGUUGAGCAUCCCUGGGACGUCUACUCCAUCAACUCUGGUCAUGCAGAAGUUAUCUCAUGCCUUGAAUGGGACCAAUCAGGGUCCAGGCUGCUCUCGGCAGAUGGGGAUGGACAGAUCAAGUGCUGGGCAAUGACAGAACACCUGGUGAACAGCUGGGAGAGUACACAAAGCAGCUCGGUUGAGGGUGACCCUAUUGUCGCUCUGUCAUGGCUGCACAAUGGAGUGAAGCUUGCUUUGCAUGUAGAGAAGUCCGGUUCCACCAACUUUGGCGAGAAGUUCUCAAGGGUAAAGUUCUCUCCAUCGCUUACUCUCUUUGGUGGGAAACCUAUGGAGGGCUGGUUGGCUGUGACGGUGAGCGGCCUUGUGAGCGUGUCCCUGCUGAAGCCAAACGGCACGCUGCUUUCAGCCAGCGAGAGCCUGAGCCGCCUGCGUGGCCGCGUUGCCCUGGCUGACAUCGCGUUCACAGGCGGUGGCAACAUCGUAGUGGCCACGACAGACGGCAGCAGCUCCUCGCCUGUGCAGUUCUACAAGGUGUGCGUGAGCGUUGUGAGCGAGAAAUGUCGCAUCGACACCGAGCUGUUGCCUUCGCUCUUCAUGCGCUGCACCACCGACCCAGUGCGCCGCAACAAAUACCCUGCUGUCACACACCUCAAAUUUCUCACAAGGGAAAACUCUGAGCAGGUAUUAAUCUGUGCAUCCAGUCAGAUGGGUAGCAUCGUAGAGUGCUGGUCCUUACGGAAAGAGGGACUCCCGGUCAAUAAUAUCUUUCAGCACCGCUCACCCGUUGUCGGAGAAAAGCAGCCGAUGAUCCUGAAGUGGCGAAUCCUUUCUGCCACAAACGACCUGGACCGUGUUUCCGCAGUGGCGCUGCCUAAACUGCCCAUCUCAAUUUCCAACACUGACCUUAAAGUGGCCUCAGACACAAAGUUUUGCCCAGGCCUUGGCCUGGCUUUGGCCUUCCACGAUGGCACUAUUCAGAUACUACACCGUCUGUCCCUCCAAACCAUGGGUGUGUUCCCUGGGACUACCGGCUCUUCUCAGCGGGUGGGGGACGAGCCGACGAUUAAACGCCAGAGAACUGGAGGUCCCACUGUGCACUUCAAAGCCCUGCAGUUCUCCUGGACUUCUUUGGCUCUGGUCGGUGUGGAUAACCAUGGAAAGCUGCACAUGAUCCGUGUAUCGCCCUCCAUGGGCCAGAUGUUGGACAUGAACAUUCUGCUGCGCCAUCUAUUGUUCCUGCUGGAGUACUGUAUGGUGACAGGCUACGACUGGUGGGACGUGCUGCUGCAUGUGCAACACAGCAUGGUACAUAACCUGGUCGAGAAACUCCAUGAAGAGUACAUGAGACAGAAUCAGGCAUUACAGCAGGUGCUGUCGACCCGAAUCGUAGCUGUAAAGGCUUCUCUGUGCAAACUGUCUUUAGCUACAGCAGCCCGGGCGUGUGACUUCUACGCCAAGCUGCUCCUCAUCGCCAUCAGCUCCACACUUAAAUCUCUGCUGAGGCCCCACGUUCUCAACACACCAGACAAGAGCCCAGGAGACCGGCUGGCAGAGAUCUGCACUAAGAAUACAGACACUGAUAUUGACAAGGUAAUGAUCAACCUGAAGACGGAGGAGUUUGUUCUGGAUGGGCCUCCGCUCCAGUCCCUGCAGCAGCUCAUUCAGUGGGUGGGAGAUUUUGUGUUGUAUCUGCUGGCCAACCUACCCAACCAGAUUGAAGCUUGUCAUGACGGAUAUUUAAAUGUAAAAUCAUCGAAUCAAUGUAGAAUCAACCCAAAGGAAGUAUAUUUACAAUACCAUUAUAUUAUAGCAUCGUUUUUUUUUUUCAACUCCAAACACAAAAUCUCUCCACCGCAUUUCUAAUAAAACCAUCAAGGCUCUUAAAAUCGACUGUUGGUUUGAAAAGCUAUUUUCAACGCUAUCAAGUCUAUUGACAGGAUGGAUAAAUGCAGUUUAAGUGGUUUCUCUCAGUCCGGGAUCUCCCACUAUGUGCUAACCUUCCAAUCAGAGCCAAAGCAUUAGUUACCUUCUGACUUACAGGUUUUGUUCUUCACCCAGAAGUACCACACUGCUGAUGUAUAUGUAACCCAUAGAGAAAUAAGGGCUACUAUAUUGUAGUUCCGCUCCCAACCAUAGGGGGAGCUGGGGAACUGACUCGAUUAGAGCCUAUGGUUAUCGGCAUUUUUCUCUUUUUUUUGCUACUUCUCGUGAAUGCCAGCAGAAAAUAAACCUUCUAAAAUUCUACCACCAGCUGAAUUAACAUUUUCUAAAAUCCUAAAACCAGCAGAAAGCAGAAAACCCAGGAAAAAUUCCAAAUAGAAACAAUUGAAACUCCGAUUGGUUUUUUUUGAGUACUAGAAAGUCUGGAUGAACCGAGAUGGCGAGCCUAGCCUGCGAGACUGGUAGAUGAUCUUUAACGGAGUGGCCAGCCGUUGAUUUGUCACCAGAGGAAUCCUGAUUUAAGUCGAGAGUGCCAGUUAAGGCAUUAUUCUUCACACACAGUAGUGUUACAAUAAGUGCAUUGGUGGACAAGGAAAUUAAUGUUCACUUAAAUACACAUUCACCGAACUUUGUACCCAUAUUCCACAUUCACUUACGGAACCAAUUGCACAUUUAAGGGGAAUUUAUUUUCUAUUAUUUUAAAGAGCUCUUAAUUCUUUUUCUGUUUCAACAUUGUUGUACCAAUUAUUUUCACUGUUGUAAGAAGGCAAUAAAAUUGUCAGUUGUUCAACUCAAUCGGGGCUUCUCUUGUGAAUUGGCCCAACCUACCUCUCAUCGAACCUAGGUAGAUGUUAGCGUCCCUUAGUUACUUCCAUAAGAUCAACACCAUAGGCGCUACAUAUACAUUCGUGAGGCCCCAGUUUUAGUAACAAAUACAAAAUAGUUUUAGUAGAAUGCUUAGAUCUGAGGUGAUCUGUUAAAGACUAAUUACUUCUGUGGUAAUUAAAUUCAGCUUUGCCUGAUGAAAACAAAAGUAAUCUGAAGAAGUAGGAGUUUGCAAAGUUUUAAAGUGAAACCUUCUGACUAAAGCUAGUUCCUUGAUGGUUCGGUUCGGUGGCACAUAGUUAAUUUUGACAUCACUAUUAAAGAGUACAGUCAAUAAAGUGACAUUGGGCAAAUUUGUGAUCUUCAUUCCAGGGCCUGAGGGCAAUAGCUCCUAAGAACUGCUUAAUUGCCCCUUUUCCACCAAAAAGAACCGGGUGCUGGUUCAGAGCUAGUGCUGGUGCUGGUUCAAAGUUUUCCUUUCCAUCGGUUAGAGAGCCGUCACAGUGCCGAGUCUGACGGCACUGUAUACGUGUCACGUUACACAGCAACAUUAGCGCAGCGGCAAACACAACAACAACAAUGGCCGAUGUUGCUUUACUGUUAAUGCUCAUGGCUUUGUGAACCUACAUUGGCAAAACACAGCGAAUCCAACGUGCACGUGCAGCUCUGUGUAAUUUGUAUAAAUGGAGGUUGUAAUGGAGAAAGUACAUAACAUUAUUUUAUCAUUAAUACAGGAAAAAAGUUAGCCUUAGCAUGUAGCUAACUACUAUCAUGUGUGCUGAUAAUUGAUCAUAUUGCGGUAAAGUAAAAGUGUAUUAAACAUUAGUAUACUUAAGGUACAUUAUCAAAUGCCCUAACAGUAGCCCCGCCCACAGCCCCUGACGCAAGCGGUUCUUUAGUCUAGACCAGCAACGUUUUGGUGCUACUUAAGAACCACUUUUCCUGGUUCAGAGCCGGUGCUUUGGCUGUCGAAAAAGAAAGAACUGGUUCUAAAUUAGGCUCUGAACCAGCACUCAAACUGCCUCGGUGGAAAAGGGGCAAAUGUCUGUGUGGAAGUUUUCGUUCUUCGCAUACGUUUCCUUGUGUUCCAUCAUGACGGUUGAGGUUUGAGCACUUUAGGUAUCCCUGUUGGUUCUAUGAGAGCAUAUAUUCCACCCAUCCUCUAAGUCUACUUUCCUUCCAUUUGUUUGUGCACAGAAACUGGAAAUGUCAUGCAGAACAUAAAAGUAUCCUGUGAAAAUGUUUGAAGCAGUUUUUGAGGUAGUUUUUAAAUCCGCUGCAUAGAGAGUAGCUCCCUACAGUCGUGCUACAGUAAGUUGAGCGAGUGAAGUCUUUUAAAUGCAGCACAUAUCAGCGUUUCUACAGGAGUGAGUGACAGGAUGUGUAAAGCAGCUUGUGGCCCAUUCCUGAUGGUUAAGAACAGAAGGGUUACUGUACACCAAGUCAUAAUUCUUUCUCUUGAUUAUCUUCUCAGCCAGAAGAGCAGAAUGGUUUCAUAUCCUUGCUCUUGGCUAAAGUAGCCACUAAGAUUCACAAUCCCAAAUAAUCAAAACCUACAGAUGACAAUCCUGGGUGCAGUAGUUUGUUAUAUCGUUAUAGACAGUUUCUGUUCGUAAUAACGGCUUCAUGGUGUUAAGUCUAAACGCACUACAAGCAUGUCAUUAUGUGUAAUCCACCACAGGUAACACAGGUACUUUAUUAUGAGACACUAUGUAAUAUGUAACUGUAUAUUAUGAGACUGAACCACAAUCCAUUUCUCUUCCUCUCCAUAUCAGGGGUCCACCGUACGCCCUGGCUUUGGUUUCCUGCGUGAC